AUGUUUAAUGAUAAAGGUGAAAAUUUGGCAAAGCAAGUGAAGGAUGUUUUCAUUGCUUUAUAUCAUGAAUACAAAGAACAUGUCUCCUCCUCUAAGCAAUCUGAAAAGGAGCAACUUGUGAAUGAAAUCCAAUCUGAUUUUGGUGAUAAGGAUAACCCUGCUAUGAAGGUUAGAAAGUUGCUUGAAUCAAAAAAGAGAAAAUUUUUAAGUGACCGCCUUAGUGGAAAAAGUAAUAGGACUGAAGUUGAUAAAUAUUUGAAUGAGGAAAUUGAAAUAGAUAGACCUAACUUUAAUAUCUUGGGCUGGUGGAAAUUGAAUGGUCCUAGAUUUCCCAUUCUUUCAAGGUUGGCAAGUGAUGUUUUGACAAUACCAAUAUCCACAGUUGCUUCAGAAUCUAUGUUCAGCACUGGAGGACGUGUUUUGGAUGCAUUUAGGAGUUCUUUAACUCCUAAAGUUGUGCAAGCCCUUAUUUGUGCUGAAGAUUGGCUUCGUCACUCCAUUCCUGUGGUUGUGGAAGAGAAAUUAGAUGAUAUUCAAAGGAUUGAAAGAGAUUUUCAAAGAAUUGGAUUAGAAUCAGCAGUGGAUAUAGUUUGAACUCUUUAAGUUUUCUAACUUCUGGUGCCUGGUGGACUGUUGGUUUUGUUGCUGUCUUAUUCUAGUCUUUUUGGUGGUUAG